AUGUGUGAUGCAAGUGACCAGGCUAUUGGGGUAGUUCUGGGCCAGAGGAAAGAUAAACUCUUUCGUAGCAUAUACUACGCCAGUAAAACCUUAAAUGAAGCUCAGGUGAACUAUACAAUCACCGAAAAAGAACUAUUGGCUAUAGUAUAUGCAUGCGAAAAGUUCAGGCCAUACAUUCUGGGAUCAAAAGUCAUUAUUCACACUGACCAUGCAGCUCUCAGAUAUCUAUUUGCUAAGAAAAAAGCAAAACCACGGUUAAUAAGAUGGAUCCUUCUAUUGCAAGAAUUCAAUCUGGAUAUCAAAGAGAGGAAAGGGUACAAAAAUCAAAUUGUUGAUCACCUGUCCAGAUUGGAACACAUUGAAGUUGGGCUACCUAUCAAGGAAACGUCCCCUGACGAACAAUUAUUUGUUAUCAAUGACAAAGAAGUGGACGUUCCUUGGUUUGCUGAUAUAGCCAACUUCCUUGCAGCAAGACUGGAACCAUAUGAAGCAAGCUGGAUUCAUAAAAAGAAAUUUUUUCAUGAUUGCAGGAACUAUCUCUGGGAUGAACCUUCAUUAUUCAAAAGAUGUGCGGACCAAAUGAUAAGAAGGUGGCCAUCUCUUUUUAAAGAUGCUCUUCAAUAUGCUAAGCAAUGUGAUAAAUGUCAAAGGGAGGGUAAUCUAACUAAACAAAAUGAAAUGCCCCUUAAUCCCAUAUUAGAAGUUGAAUUGUUUGAUAUAUGGGGCAUUGAUUUCAUGGUCCCUUUUUCGCCUUCUUGCGGGAACAAAUUUAUAUUGAUGGCUGUUGAUUAUGUAAGCAAGUGGGUAGAAGCUAUUGCCUUACCUAUAAAUGAUGCCAAGGUGGUUAUAAAUUUUUUAAAGAAAAACAUUUUGACAAGAUAUGGGACCCCCCGCUAUAUCAUCAGUGACGGUGGGAAACAUUUCAUUAACCGCCAGUUUGAGAGGUUGUUGGAAAAAUAUGGAGUCAAACAUAAAGUUGCAACUUCAUAUCAUCCACAUACCAGUGGACUUAUUGAAGUCUCUAACCGAGAGGUUAAGAGAAUUCUAGAGUAG